AGGAGGGAGGAGAACCAAGCGGAAGGAAGCGGUGUGUGCGACUGGUCAGCCAGUCCAGGAGAGCCAUCUCUCCAGUGGCCGGUUUGGGCGUCCUGAGACGGUAGCUGCAGCCAGCCAGGCAUGGCCGAAUCUGCAGAGGCCCCAAAGCUGGUCUACUUGGUCACGGGCGGCUGUGGCUUCCUAGGCGAGCACGUGGUGCGAAUGUUACUGGAGCAGGAGCCACGACUCCGUGAGCUGCGUGUCUUUGACCUGCAUCUGAGUUCCUGGCUGGAAGAACUGAAGACAGGGCCUGUUCAGGUGACUCCCAUCCAGGGAGAUGUGACCCAGGCUCACCAGGUGGCAGCGGCUGUGUCCGGAGCCCACGUGGUCAUCCACACAGCAGGGCUAGUGGAUGUGUUUGGGAGGGCCAGCCCCGAGACCAUCUACAAGGUCAACGUGCAGGGCACUCAGAAUGUGAUCGAGGCUUGUGUGCAGACUGGGACUCGGUUCCUGGUCUACACGAGCAGCAUGGAGGUUGUGGGACCCAACGUCAAAGGCCAGCCCUUCUACAGAGGCAAUGAGGACACCCCGUAUGAAGCCCUGCACAAACACCCCUAUCCUCAGAGCAAAGCCCAAGCCGAGCGGCUAGUCUUGCAGGCCAAUGGGAGGAAGGUCCAGGGGGGGCUGCCCCUGGUGACAUGUGCGCUGCGUCCCACGGGUAUCUAUGGUGAAGGCCAUCAGAUCAUGAGGGAUUUCUACCUCCAAGGCCUACGCCUGGGGAGCCGGCUCUUCAGGGCUAUCCCAGCUUCUGUGGAGCAUGGCCGGGUCUAUGUAGGCAAUGUGGCGUGGAUGCACGUGCUGGUGGCCCGGGAACUGGAGCCACGGGCAGAGCUCAUGGGUGGCCAAGUGUACUUCUGCUAUGACAAGUCACCCUAUAAGAGCUACGAGGAUUUCAACAUGGAGUUCCUGGGCCCCUGUGGCCUGCGGCUGGUGGGCACCCGCCCGUUGUUACCCUACUGGCUCCUGAUGCUCCUGGCCACCCUGAAUGCCCUGCUGCAGUGGCUGUUGCGUCCGCUGCUGCUCUACGCACCUCUGCUCAAUCCCUACACGCUGGCCAUAGCCAACACCACCUUCACGGUCAGCACCAACAAGGCACAGCGCCAUUUUGGCUACGAGCCCCUGUUCUCAUGGGAGGACAGCCGGACCCGUACCAUCCUCUGGGUGCAGGGCUCAACCCAGUGACAGCUGUCUGGUACCCAAGCCAGCUUCCAAGCCUGAGGCAAUGGGGCUGUGUCGGAGCUCGAGGCUCUGGGCGGCACAGGGGUCCUACGGCCUCACACUUCAGCUCCGUAGGCCUCGAGUGUGAAUUGCACCCUGACCUUCCAGGUUCCUUUUGGAGCAGAGUGUGGGCUGGGGGCACCUCCACUCUCAGCCCCGGCCCACUGGCCACACCCUCCUCCUCCUCCCCAUUACCCUACCCUAUCCUAUCCAGGCUUCUGCAGCAGCAGGUACCCUCGGGUUGUGCCCUGUGCCAUCUUCAGGCCUAGGUUCAGAGUGAAGAGACAUCUCUGGUUCCCUACCCACCAUCCUCUCUCCUUAGAGGGCUACUUUCUCACUAUUUAAAAACAAAUAAAGUAUCACCUUCCGACGCUUA